CAGAAAGGUUUGCUGGUUGGUAUAAUUAUUAAAACAUUGAUUUGCAAUCAGAUAGACUUCACACUAAAAUUGGAUACUACCUUUAGCUAACCAGGAAAUACUGUAUCUAUAAAUAAUUACUUAAAAAUUACAUAUAUUAACAAACAAAGCUGUUAGAAAAUGAUAUAUUGUAUGCAUUUCUAUAUACUAAUAAUCUUUUUACCCCAUUACUCAUUUAGUCGAGCUGCAUUUGGAUGGAAGCUGGAAUUCUUUUCAAACAUGCAAAAGUAGUAUAUUGAACUUAUUAGUUACAUAGUUAUCUUUAAUAUACUGAAUAUAUAAGCUUAUUUUUUGUACCAGAAUGUUUUGCAUUUAUUUAUUCAGGUAUGGAUCAGCUCUUAAGUAGUGAUUUGAUUGUUUCUGUCAUCUUUGGCCAUGUUUUUCAAAAAUACUUAGGUACACAGCAGGAGUAUUUUAAAGUUGCAGAGCUAGUGACCACUUAAUUGCUUAUGUACUUUCAAAACUUUGACUAGGUUCCUGCGUAUUAAUGUGCUUAAAUUGUUUAUCAGGGGCCCUUGAUCACAUGUCGGUCUGCUUGGAGACAUAUGGCAGCAAUGCACAGGGCAGCCCUGACUGGUUGCCCAGAGUCGGCCUGUGAGUCCUUGCAGCACAGUAUGGGGAUUGUGGAGCUCCCUGCUUGGCUGGAGCAGCAGAGUCCAGCAAGCGACACACUGCCUUCCUUGUGGGUGGGAGGCAGGAGCAGAGCACCAUGGGAUGUUGGAGGACCGUGCUGUAUCUGUUUUCAGAAGAGAACAUGUACAGAUAGGGUGGCCAUUGGUUUUGUUUCAUGCUGGAUCAUCCUGUUUUUAAACUCUUUGUCCCCUGUCCAUUUCUGAAUGAGGAACCGACAGCAAAAAGUCCUGUUUUUCUGUUCUUUGGUGGAAAUACAUGUCAGUCAUUUGUCCUUGUGAUUCUGUUGGCUGUGCUGAGAGGUAGGGCAGUGCACAGCCAGGAGGAGAAGGGUUCUGAGCUAAGGAGGGAGGGAGGUGGUAGCCUUGCCCCUCACUGCUGAUUGGCCAAGGGGGCUGGUGGCCCCACCCAUUGCUGCUGAUUGGUUGAGGAGGCAGUGGCCCCACCCCUCACUGCUGAUUGACUGAGGGAUCUGCCCUUCACGAAGGGGCUGUUCUAUAUUCUGGGGAAUGGAUCAGUGGCCAUCCUGUAUACAGACAUUCACUUUCCCAGCAGAAACUCUCCCCAGAAGUGAUUUACCUCUGGUUGUUCCCAGGUUAUUUUUUUCCUGCAGCAGUCAUUUUUGCUUUGGGAGAAAAAUGCUGAAUAUUUGGACACGUGGUUUCUGCUGGGAGUGCAGCAACUCUCCCAGCAGAAACUGAAUGUCUGUAUGUGGCCAAAAUUUGCACACGAUCUAUAGGGUGAAGAACAGUGAGCAGGCUUGGCUCUAGCUGCUGCUACUUUGUUACUUGCAACAAAGAAAUAUCUUCUCUUUAUCCUGCCUUUCAGAAACAAGGUGUAUGUGUUAUUUUGGGGUGUGUUGUGUGUGAGAGAGAAUACCGUGCAUCUAUUACUGAAUUUGUUUUAUGGAUUCCAUGGUUGAUUUGAUUGUUAAGAGCUGAAGAGACACUAGCAAAGGUUGGGUAUAGUUCAGAAUGGAAAUCAGUUGCAAGUAUUGGUUAAAGACUGAAGAAGGUCCAAAAAGUCCCCCCUCAAAACGAAAUUGAAAAUCAUCUAUUUUUAACUACUGAACUCAGCAUUCAAAAUAUAGAACUGGGGAAAAGUGAAACUGAGGACUUGGAAAAAUUGAGUUCAGGAAAUCAAAAGGGUUCCUAAUUUUGGUAAUCUAUCAUAAAUGUAUUCUGUCAAUGGCUGGCACCCUAUGGUGCCACCCUGGGAUCUGGCCUGCAGUGGUCCUUCCUAGCUCCAGGUACGGGGAGAAUGAGGCAACAUGCAGGAAGCUGCCUGCUCCCUGUCCCUCUGGAGUAGUGGGGUGUGGGUAGAGGUUUGCAGCCUUGGACAACAAAAUGUUGCUGAUACCUGUAUUAGAUGCAUAAUUUCUGUAUCCUGCUUCCAAGCAGUGUGUUAGAGAUUAAUGGUGUAAUGUCAUGCAGUACAUUAUGGGAUGUAGGUCUCUUGGUUUGAAGAACACUGUCUUUAAAACGACUAUAUAUAGUCAGCUCUAUUCAAGACUUUUUUCUUUUGGAUAAUCUAGGCAUUUUAUUGUUAAGACAAUACUGAGGAGCAUGGGAAUGGGUUAUAUUGUGUUGUCUGUAGAGACUGUGAUGGUUCUAUCUUGUGAGAGAAACUUGCCGUAAGAAACAAGCCAGUUUCAUCUCAUCCAGAGGCAUCUGUGUAUGUUAGAAGUAAAAUGAUCCACAUAGAAAUAUUUUCAGUGGACUCUACCUUAUCAUAGAAUCCAGAUAUCUUCCUUGCUUAUCAGCUGUUCUGGAUGAUCUUUGAUGGACCAGGGUGCUAGUGAAUGUUACUCAAUAUGUACUAAUCAUAAAUGAAAAUUUAACUGUAAAGUAUGCCCUAAUUCCCAGUAGACUUCAAUUUAGAAUGAGGACUUUGGUACCGCUUUGACUGUGAUUUUGAUACUUGGAUUUUCUUAUAGAGCAAUACUAGAUCAGUUAUUUAUGAUUUUUGUUCCAUUUUCUGUAGGUUCCACUACCACACCUAUUUCCAUGGUAUCAGAAUGUCUUCCAGAGUUUUUACCAAAAAAAUUAGGAAAGGAGAUUAGCAUCUGUCAAAUGGGGCUCCCUCUUCAUUUCUCUCUACACAUCUUUCCUUUGGGGGGAGAAGAGGAGGAGAAUAGCAUGAGAAGUGCAAAAUGUUUCAAAUUCCUGUUCAAAAUCUUGAUAAUAUCAGGAAGGCUCGAAAAAAGGUGAAAGGCAUUCUUGUGGAUAUUGGGCUUGACAGCUGCAGGGAGUUACUACAGAAUCUUAAACAUUUUGAUCCAGGAGAGAAAUAUUUUUGCAACACUUCAUGGAGUGAUGUCUCUCCUUGGGAGUCUGUUGGCAAAAGGAAGAGGUACAGGACAAAGCCUUACUGCUGUAGCCUAUGCAAGUUUUCAUCAAAAUUGCUUACUUCAUUCAAGAAUCAUUUGCACCGUUACCAUGAUGAUGAAAUGGACCAAGAGUUGGUGGUUCCUUGCCCAAAAUGUGCAUUUGUUUCUGAUCACAAAGUAGUGGGAAAACACCUCAGAAUGUUCCAUUCUUCUUCUAAGAAAAUACAGAACUAUACAGUGAGCAUUUUAGGUGGCAUGAAACAAUUCAGGAGUGACAUUAUAAACUUCACAUGUCUAAAAUGUCACUUUACAGAUACGUUAUAUUACAAUAUGAAGAAACAUGUGUUAAUGAACCACUUUCAGAACUUAAUAAGCACCUAUUUUGGCCUGAAACCUGAUGAAAGUGAUGAGAAUUUUGUUGAGAAUUUUGUUGAAUAUUACUGCAAAAAGUGUAAUGCCUCAGCAAACAGCCAAGAUUCUUUAAUGUAUCAUGUCUUGACAUCUGAAACACACAGAGAUCUGGAGAAUAAACUUCGAUCAGUGAUUUCAGAACAUAUUAAGAAACCAGGCCUUGUGAAGCAAAUGCAUAUUGCUCCUAAGCCUCCCACAAGUAUAUCUGCUCCAUCCUUAGUUCCCUCCACUGUACAAGCUGGCUCAGUUACUUCUCCAGCUUGUAUUCAGCUUGCAUUUCCACGGAAUAAUCAAAACCAAGCUGUCAUACCAGCAAAAGCAGUUCCAAAUGCAGUCAGACCACUGCCUGUUUCAAGUGCCUCGGGUAGCAUUACACAUACCAUUUCUGCUCCAGGUGUUACUCCACCACAUGUUACGCUUGUAUCCAGUCCUCUUCCAGUAGGUCAGAAUAGUGUUAAUAUUCAACCGUCAGUUCCACAGCCUGUCUUUGUUUCCCAUAGGCUUCCCCUCAAUCAACCUGUCAGGCCAGGGAUCAUCCCCUUUAAUAAACCUGUUGGGACCAUAAAUAGACCUGUUGGUGCAGCAGUUCUUCCUCUCAACGAACCCGUCAGGCCUGGGCUUUUUCCUGUUAAUCAGCCCAUUGGUACAAUAAAUAGUUCAGUUGUAUCUGGGGCACUUCCCAUAACUCAGCCUGUAGGUCCUAUAACCAGACCUGUUGUACCGGGGGUUCUCCCAGUAAAUAGACCUGUUGCACCGGGGCUUCUUCCUGUGAAUCGACCAGUUGGGAAUGUGAAUCGAGCUGUAGGUCCUGGGGUUCUGCCGAUGGCCCAGACAGUCACGCCAGGGGUUCUUCAGCUUAAUCAGCCUGUUGCACCAGCUGUGGUUCCUGUUAGACAGCCUGUCAGACCUGGAAUUCUCCAGCUUAAUCAGCCUGCAAACUCAGGGAUUCUCCCUGUAAAUCAACCAGUCAGGCCUAGUGUUUCUCAAAACACUGCUUUCCUGACUACUGGGCCUAUACUGAGACAGUUGAUUCCAACGGGCAAACAGGUAAAUGGGAUCCCAACGUACACCCUUGCUCCGGUUUCAGUUACUUUGCCUGUUCCAGCUGGUGGUGGAGUAGCAACUGUUACACCUCCACAAAUGCCUAUUCAGUUAAUGCAGUCUGGGGCAGUAACCCAGCUCUCUCACUCUCCAGCCAGUGCACCUUCUCCUCCUGUAAUAGUGACUUCUUCCCAGAAUAUGUCUGUACCGGCUUCUCCUCCUGGCCCUGAAAUGAGCCAAGCUGUCAAACAGGCAAAGCAGUGGAAAACAUGCCCUGUUUGCAACGAACUUUUCCCAUCAAACGUCUACCAGGUGCACAUGGAAGUGGCUCAUAAGCACAAUGUGGUAAAAACUGAGGAAACCGUUGAUCCAGAAAAACUUGCAGCAUGUGCACCCUUUCUCCGGUGGAUGAAAGAGAAGACUGUCCGCUGUUUCUCUUGUAAAUGUUUCCUGUGUGAAGAAGAGCUUUUGAAACAUCUACUCAUGCAUGGUUUAGCUUGCUUGUUUUGUACGUUUACUUUCCACAAUCUAAAAAGUCUUGUUGAACACAAUAGGUCCGUGCACAAUGGGAAAAAGAAAUUGCAUGCAGAUUACAGCAACAGAGGCUUCCAAAUAGAUAACGAUGCUGAGGGGGAACUAAUAAUUCCACAUUUUGAUUUUAGUACAGUAUUGCCAAAAGAAGAACUUGGUGAAAAGGAAGUCCAUUUGGCGGUGCUUGUUGGAGUAAACUCGAGGACACUUGUACCUGUUUACAUCAAGGUGAAGCCUCAAACCACUGAAAUGAAUACUAGGGUCAGCAAAAAAGUAUUGACGUGCCCCUUUUGUUUUGGUACUUUUGUUGACAAAGAAGCCUAUGAACUGCAUUUGAAAGAGAGGCACCAUAUAAUGCCAACUGUGCACACAAUUUUAAAGUCGCCUGCUUUCAAGUGUAUCCACUGCUGUGGGGUAUACACUGGAAACAUGACUCUGACAGCAAUUGCUGUGCAUUUGCUCCGCUGCAGAAGUGCUCCAAAAGAUAGCAACUCAGACAUGAAGAUGCAGCUUGAGCGUUCUGAAAAGAAAGACUUGAUGUUGGUCAAUGGUGAAAGGCAAGAUCCUGUUACCUUACCUGCUAAGAGAAAGCAAUCUGAUUUCUGCUCUGUUAUAGAGGACCAAAGGAACAAAGAACAGCAGCCACAGAUGUUAAAUGCCAGUACAGCUCUAGUUCCAGAAAAGGAAGGGAAUCAAGGGGGAGUGCCUUGCAAACGACAAAAAACUGAAAGCAGGAUAGAGAUAAAAGGGCCUCCUUCAAGUGAGGACCUCCAUAUUCUAGCAUUAGAUCCUAAACAGCAUGAACACAAGUCUCAUGAAGGUCAAAAGCAGUUUCUGAAAGAUUAUUUUCACAGGAGGCCCUACCCAUCUAAAAAGGAGCUGGAAUUACUGUCUUUGGAACUGGGUGCAUGGAAAGUUGAUGUUGCAUCCUUUUUUGGGAAAAGACGAUAUAUGUGCCUAAAGGCGAUAAAAAAUCGCAAACCAUCUGUGCUGCUAGGUUUCAGUAUGUCUGAACUUAAAAAUGUAAAGCACAGUUUGAGUUUAAAACCUGAAACAAAAGGUAUGUAAAAAGUGUUUUAAAACACCAGUAUAAAGCAAUCAACUGCAUCCUUAGUUCAGAAAUUUAUUGCAUUGGUUUAUUUCUUUUAACUUACAAACUGACCCAUUGGAGGGUUACAGUAGUACACAAAACCACACUCAGUUGUGACUGUUCUUGAACAAGGCAGCAAUGAUCUUAUAUCUGAAGAAGGUGCAUCCUUCAGAUUCAUUGUUCUGGGAACUUGUUUUAGCUGUUUACUUUCUUGUGGAGUAGUGGGGGGGGGUGUUUUGUUUUCUGUUUUCCUCCGUUUUGAUUUUUAUGCUGCCAUGUAAAAUGUCUCUUUUGUUAAACUUCUCCCCUCCCUUCUUCCCCCCUCUCUCCCCGACAAUGUCAGCCUUUUU